ACUAGCACCCGCCGCUCAGCUCCUCCGCGCCGCCCGCGGCUCCCGCGCGUCUCGGCCCCGGCGCGCACAGGCGCAAAACAAGCGGCCCUGGGACCUCGCCCGAGCCCCGGGCGGGCUAUGCGGAUUGCGCCGCCGGGGCCGGCCCCCGGGAUCAGCGACUCCCGGCCCGCGGCCCCGACCACCAGCGGGGACUAUGACCCGGAAGGCGCGACGCUGCCUGGGCCACCUCUUCCUCAGCCUGGGCAUGGUCUACCUCCGGAUCGGUGGCUUCUCGUCGGUGGUAGCUCUGGGCGCGAGCAUCAUCUGUAACAAGAUCCCAGGCCUGGCUCCCAGACAGCGGGCGAUCUGCCAGAGCCGGCCCGACGCCAUCAUCGUGAUAGGAGAAGGCUCACAAAUGGGCCUGGACGAGUGUCAGUUUCAGUUCCGAAACGGCCGCUGGAACUGCUCAGCUCUGGGAGAGCGUACUGUCUUCGGGAAGGAGCUCAAAGUGGGGAGCCGGGAGGCUGCCUUCACCUACGCUAUCAUCGCUGCAGGCGUGGCCCAUGCCAUCACCGCCGCCUGCACCCAGGGCAACCUGAGCGACUGUGGCUGUGACAAAGAGAAGCAAGGCCAGUACCACCGGGACGAGGGCUGGAAGUGGGGUGGCUGCUCUGCCGACAUCCGCUACGGCAUCGGCUUCGCCAAGGUCUUUGUGGAUGCGCGCGAGAUCAAGCAGAAUGCCCGGACUCUCAUGAACUUACACAAUAACGAGGCAGGCCGCAAGAUCCUGGAAGAGAACAUGAAGCUGGAGUGUAAGUGCCACGGUGUGUCGGGCUCAUGCACCACCAAGACAUGCUGGACCACGCUGCCACAGUUCAGGGAGCUGGGCUACGUGCUUAAAGACAAGUACAACGAGGCCGUCCACGUGGAGCCUGUGCGUGCCAGCCGCAACAAGCGGCCCACCUUUCUGAAGAUUAAGAAGCCCUUGUCCUACCGCAAGCCCAUGGACACGGACCUGGUAUACAUCGAGAAGUCACCCAACUACUGCGAGGAGGACCCAGUGACGGGCAGUGUGGGCACACAGGGCCGAGCCUGUAACAAGACAGCCCCCCAGGCCAGCGGCUGCGACCUCAUGUGCUGCGGCCGAGGCUACAACACCCACCAGUAUGCCCGCGUGUGGCAGUGCAACUGCAAGUUCCACUGGUGCUGCUACGUCAAGUGCAACACGUGCAGCGAGCGCACGGAGAUGUAUACGUGCAAGUGAGCCGGCCAGCCAGCGCCUGACCGCGGGGCCGGGGACAGCCUCCACGCUGCCGUCGCCUUCCGGAUCACUGCCUUGAUCUUCAGAGGGAGCCACAGAAACACUGAGCUUGUCUUUCCUGCUGCGGAGGGCCCUGUUUCCGGUUUCCGGUUUCCGGUUUCUGGCAGACACUGUGGGAAGAAGCCCUCGGGCCUUCACCUGUUCCGGUCUGUGUACAGUGCUGCUUCUCCCCGAUACCGCCCACGUCCCUGCACGGCUGGAAUGAAGCCUUUCGCCGGAACUCCGGACCUUUGGGGCCUCAUCAGAGCAAUAUUUAACAAUUUAUUCUGAUAAAAAAAAAUAAUAUUAAUUUAUUUAAUUAAAAAGAAUCCUUCCACCUCGUCAGGAUCCGUUUUCUGCAGUCGAAGUGGACUUGUGCUUUCCUGGCAGGAUAAUUUGUGUCCCUAGAACCUGGAGCCGAGUAGAACUGUACAUAGUUAUUCUUUAUGCAGAUGUUUCUACUAAUUGAUUUUGCAAGUAUCUUCCCUCUGCAGCACUAGAGGUUUAAGUACAACAAGCAGACAUCCUUUAUUCUUUAUACCUACCAGAUACACCACACACACACUCACACACGCACACACACUUGUAAAUUUUUGCUAUUUGCUGCUACUUAUCCAGAAAUUUAAGUUGGUCCAAGUUCGAAGACACUUUUUCCCCCCAGAAUAUGUUUCCCAAUCUUCUGCCCUCCCAAUUCAAAUAUUGCCAUUAGAAAAAAAUAAUAAUAAUCUAGUUUGGAAUAGACAGAGAAAGGAACAAUAAUAAACUCCCAGCUAUUUUCAUCGUUUGGAAAGUAAGCCACUGGAUAAGAGAGAAUAUUUUGUAAGAGACUAUUUUUAUAAGAAUAUUUUAUUUAUACGGAGUCUGCUGUAUCAUCCCACAGCCUGUGUGUCUUCUUAACAGGGUCAGGAGGGGCACGGCCGGGGCCUGUGGGCAGGUCCCAUGGGGACCCUCGUGCAUCUGGGUUCUGGAGUUCUGUUUGCCAAGGGGGUCAAAGAAGUCUCCCGGUGCCCAGGGCUGGGCGUCAUCUGUGUGAACUGGGAAGAAACCGAAUCCGUGCCUCUGCCUGUGAAGCUAAGUGCAUUGAGCAGGGUCACCAAGGGGGACAUCAGGGUGAGCCACUCAGGCAAGUAGGCCAGUGUCCUUCACACUGUGUGACCAUCAUGGGGACGCUGCCACCAUUAUAAGUAAAGGCCAGUUCAGGGUCUCUGCACCUCACUGGGACAGCCCUGUCACUGCCUGUGUCCUCAGAGAGGGGAGAAAAGCAGGCAGGGGAGUUGCUCACAAGCUGUGUGGCCCAGGAGCUUGUUCAAGGGAAGACAGGUGGGGAGAGGAGAGGGACAGGCCUCUCUGCUUUGGCCUGGCCACACAUCACCCCUUUCAAUUUGGAAAGCUGUCCUGAACUUAGAAGGCUGCAGAUCCUAGCAGGUAACUUCCUAUGUGUGGGUUUGGAUCUCUACCUGUGUGUGUGCACAUGUGUGCAUGUCUGUGUGCAUCUUCCAUGUGCCCCUGCAAAGGAGAGCAGGUCACUUGCUGGUCCUAGGAGCAUCUCUGGAGUGGUGGUGGUUGAGUUUCUGGUCCAGUGUGUGCACACGAGGUGGGCAGCAGGGGAAUGGAGAUUAUGGUCAAUCACCAAGAGAUGGCACCUCUGAAUUCUCUUCUACACCCAUUGGAGAAAUUCUGAGACUACAGCCCCAUGAGCCCUGCUAAGAGCUAAAUGAGCAUCUAGCUAAGAACUUAAGUGCUAAGAGACCUUGAGCAUCUAGACCAUGAUUAACCCCUAUGUCAGCACUGGGUCUGGGUCACUGGCAAAUAAAAGUGGCUGGUUGGCUAUAUUUCCUAAUAUUUUCUUUAUGUAACUGUGUGGAUGAGUGGGUCAGAUGGAAUGAUUGAUGGAUGAAUGGAUGAUGUGUAGAUGAAUAGAUGGAUGCAUAUAUGGCUGAAUAAGGAUGGAUGGAAAAUAGAUGGCUAGAUGUUGGGGGUGGUGGAUGAACAGAUAGAUGGAUGUGUAUGUGAAUAGAUGGAUAGAUGCAUGGAUGGAUGGAUGGAUGGAUGGAUGGAUGGAUGGAUGGAUGGAUGCAUGUCCAGACAGAUGGGUUGAUGGUGAGUGUAUGAUGGAUGCAUGAAUGGAUAGAUGCAUGGAUGGAUGUGGAUGGAUAGAUAGGCAGAUAGGUAGACAGAUGGAUAUAUGGAUAUGUAGGUGCAUGGGUGUAUGUUUGGAAAGUGGAUAAAUAGGAAGGUGGAUGGAUAGGUGUGUAGGUAAAUGUGUGGGUAGUGGUUGGGUACAUAAGUGGGUGGGUGGAUAGGUGGAUAAGUGGGUAAAUGAGUAGCUAAGGAGAAGACAUAAAGGAGUUUCUUGAAACACCAGUGGCACAUCUUCUCUCUUCCUUGGAGAACCCAUAGUGUCUCCCAUGAGCAGGGGUUUUUCUGAGCCUCUGCUCCUGGCCUCUCGGGUCCUGGGAAUUGGAAAGGUUCUGACCAACCUCUCCAGGUGACUGUUCAGUGUUAGAUACACAAAUGGGAUCACAAAAAAAUUUCCCACAUUCUCCUUCACUGCCCAAGGGAGCACAGGGCAAAGGCAGUGUCUGGGCCUGUGAAAGAAGGGCUGGGGCAGAUGCAUAUCAUCUGGCUUCAGCCACAGGGGCCUCACAACCCCAUGGACUGCCUUUCUCUGGGUGCCCAGCUCAGCU